CCCUCACCCAGGCCGCAGCCCUCGGAGACUCUGACCCUGCCGGGCCGGAAGAGCAGGACUGGGACAAGCCGCGGCAGGAGAGACGGGCAGCAUGGAGCCAGACAUGGAGCUCUUGCCGGACAGCAGGUUCCCGCCCGAGGUGAUCGAGAUGCUGAUGAGGAAUCUCAGUGUCCCGGCUGCCUGCUUCUCCAAGCCGCCCACCUCCUGGCAGCUGCUGCAUGAGCUGGACGCGGUGGAGCUCACCAUCACCGGCAUGGCCACCUUCCUGACGCUGCUGUCGGUUGCCAUCUUUGCCGAGGAGGCCGUCUACCUGGCGCAGAAGAUCCGCUGCCCCAUCAAGAGGAAGACUCUGUUGUGGAGCAGCUCGGCGCCCACCGUGAUAGCCAUGUGCUGCUGCUUCGGGCUCUGGAUCCCGCGCUCCAUGAUGGUGGUGGAAAUGGCCAUUGGCUCGUACUUCGCGCUGUGCUUCCACCUGCUGAUGCUGACCAUGGUGGAGGGCUUCGGCGGGCCGGCGGCCGUGCUGCGGGCGCUGAAGGACACGCCGAUGGUGAUCAGCACCGGGCCCUGCUGCUGCUGCUGCCCCUGCUGCCCCCGCAUCACCAUGACCAAGAGGAAACUGAGGCUCCUGCUCCUGGGCUCUUUCCAGUAUGCCUUCCUCAAGAUAGCCGGUGUCUUCGUGGGGCUGGCGCUGGCAGCCGACGGGAACUACGACCCGUCUGACAUCUCGGCGCAGAGUGUGUCCCUCUGGAUCAACACCUUCCUGGGCGUCUCCACCAUCUUUGGGCUGUGGGCGCUGGGCAUCCUCUUCCGGCAGGCGAGGCUGCACUUGAAGGAGCAGAACAUGGGGGCCAAGUUCGCCUGCUUCCAGGUACUGCUCAUCCUGACCGCGCUGCAGCCCUCCAUCUUCAGCAUCUUGGCCAAUGGCGGCCAGAUCGCCUGCGCCCCGCCGUUCUCCUCCAAGGCCAGAUCCCAGCAUAUGAACAUGCAGUUGCUGGUCCUGCAGACCUUCCUCAUGACGGUGCUGACGCGGAUGUACUACCGAAAGAGGGAUGACAAGCCGGGCUACGAGCCUUUCGGCCCCGUGGAGGCGGACGGCAACAUUAAAGUCUAAGCCAGAUGUGAACGUGAACUUGUGAAAGGCAGGAGAGCCUAUGGCACGAGGUGCGAAUGCCCCCUCUGCAGGGUCCCUGCGACCCACGGCCUAUUUCCCCCCCGAACUGGCCUGAAGCCCCCAUGGGAGGGGGAUGCAGAGUCUGUGCCGAUACAGAAGCACCUGAAACCCGGAGGGCUUGGACCAAAGCUCUUCUGGUCUCAGCUGGGGCUUUGUAUGUAAGGCACUGAGCACAGAAUAAAAGGGCUUUGGCACUUCUGCUAUGGUCAUCGGUGUUGCUUCCUGGAGUCACU